AUGGAGAUGCAAUCCCCAGCUGGCGAAGAAGAACACGAACUUGUAGCCGCAUGUCUUGGCAAAGGAGGUGGUCUCGAAGAUUACAAAAAUAAUAAAGUACAAGUGGAGUUAUUCGAAAAACAAGGGAAUCGGCGGCGUGAAUACAUUACUAAAGCCAGAUCUUCGAUUGAAAAUAUACGAACAUUCGUUCAGAAUGAUUACUGGGUAAUCGGAACACAUCGAACAGAACUGAACACGCUUCGAAGAGAUAUGGAUUUUGCCAAGGCAGAACUGAAGGCAGCAAAAGAUGCACAGUUGGUUGGCAUAAAGAACCAGCUCUACAAUCUGGCCGUAACAGCAUUCGAAGAGAAGCUCAAACAGGUCAGUCAAAUCAGGUUAUAUUGA